AAAACAGUCCGUUUCUCCUUCGCAUGCGCCGCCGCUCACAGCGUACACCGCGUUGCCCGGCAACUUCCCCGAAGCCGCUCUUCUGAAGGGAGAAGAGAGCGCAGACGCCUCGCUUCACCGCCAGCGCCUUUUCGGAUGGCCAAGUUCGUGCUCGCAGGUAGGGCAGAUUGCCCCUACUAUGCUAAGGCAGAACUACUAGCUGACUAUCUGCAGACAAAUUUGCCUAACUUCAAGAUAUACAAGAUUACUCAACAUCCUGACACCUGGGAGAAGUGGCUGCAGGAGAUCUGUGAAAAGAAUGGAUGGAAACACAAGCGCUCUCCAAUUAUUUGGAGAGAAUUGUUGGACCGUGGCGGGAAGGGCCUUCUUCUGGGAGGAUUUAAUGAAUUCCUAGAGCACGCUCAGCGUUAUUAUAACAUCACAUCAGACAUGCUGACUGAAGAGAUGCUGCUAAUUGCUAAGGAAAACUUGCAGACUCACAUAGAAGUUGAGACAGAGGAGGAAGAAAUAAAAAGCCAGAUCAAUCCCAUGCACAUUUGGGUCAACAGAGCUUCUAGUCCUAUCUGCUACCAUCUUAUCCCUUUAUUAAUCAAUGGGGAAAUAUUUGGGAUGGAAACAGAGAUCAGCCUCCAUUUACUUGACAGAGACAGCAACAAAGAAAUCCUUGAGGGUAUUGUAAUGGAGACUCAAGACUUAGCAUUCCCUGUCCUUCGUAAUGUCUCCCUGCACACAACAUUGGAUGAAGCUUUUCUUGAGGCUGAUGUCAUCAUUUUGCUUGACGACAUAGUCCAGGAGACAAUUCCAACACUUGAAGACUGUAUCCGACAAGUGACCAAUCAGUGUGAAGUAUAUGGGCCUCUGAUAGACAAGAAUGCCAAAAGCAAUGCCAGAGUUGUUGUGAUGGGGAAAACCUUUGCCAACCUUAAGACAUUUAUGAUCAUGACACAUGCCCCAUCCAUUAACCCUCGAAACAUUAUCACUGUAGCCAUGCUCUUGGAAAGUGAAGCCAAGGCCACAUUGGCAAGAAAAUUGAACAUGCAUCCAGCUGGAAUAAAAAAUCUCAUCAUCUGGGGGAACGUCAGCGGGAAUAGCUUUGUGGACCUGACUAACACUCAGCUCUAUAGAUACGACAGUGCCAUCUGGGGCCCACCAAACUUUUCCCGUCGUUUGUUGGAACUUAUGUUUGAUCGUGAAUGGAUGCAGACUGAAUUUCUGACCUCGUUGAGUUCAUUGAGUUCUUGGGGGCAUCAUUGUUUAGGCUUGGCGCCUGCACAUGUCAUUACUACAGUGCUGAGAUACUGGUACCAAGAUUCCCCGCCUGGGGAGAUGGUCUCUCUGGGAGUAAUCAGUGAAGGUCAUUUUGGAAUUCCUGAAGGGAUUGUCUACUGCAUGCCUGUGAGGUUCCAGAAUGGUGACUGGGAGGUCUUUACAGAACUGCAAAUAAGUGAUAAAACUCUAGAAUACCUUCAGAUUUUAGCCUGUGAUCUAACUCGGGAAAAACAAGUUGCAUUAGGUGAAGUAACAGAAUUGUAUCCACAAAGAAGAGAAGUUCAUGUGGCAUAUCGUGACUCAUCAGAAGAGGAAAUCAUCCACAGUUCCAAAGAGGAGAUCAAAUAUUCAAGCAGUAUGGAAGGAGUAGCGUUGGAAACAGAAGAUCAAUCUACUGCUGAAGAGGCUGAAGAUUUACCUAUUGAAUUAAAUGAGUCAAAGAGUAUGGAAGAAGGAAACGCUGAAGAACUCACAGAAGAAAAUGUUGAAGAAUCUAUAGAUGCUCCUGAAGAUUAACCUAAUGGCUUGUCUUAACAAGAGUCCUAUUUGAACACUGGAGCCAGUAAUAAACUCUUAAAACAAUACUAAACACCGCAGCCGGGCAAAUUCUUGGGUAUGGUGGCUUCUGUGAAUCAACUACAAUGGACUUUAUGACAUAAAAAUGUCAGGUUCUCCUUUCUGUACAGAAUUAAAUAUAUAGUUGUGUGAAAA